UAUGCCCGUGCCAACCAGACAUGGACACGAGCCGCACAGCUUGGUCAAUGCUCCCAAGCGCGGCUCUCUAAGAAUCUUGUGUGUCUUUUGGCCCUGCAAUGAGUACAGCAUUUCAUAUCGUCCUCAAGAAUCGUCCCUACAAUGGAGGUGCACAUCGCGAACCUUGACUCGAAGUUUACUAGAGACAGAUUGAAAGAUUGCCUGACUCCCAUCCUCUCCGAAUUCCAGAUUCAUGUCUUCGAAGUCCGAAAAGCAGUCGGCAAGACGUUCGCGACGCUCACAGUUACAGAUACUUCCAAAGCCCAAAGCCUCUUGUCUAGAGCGCAUGCUUACCCAACCCUCCUCUCGUCUCCUUCCGGGCGGAAUGCGGUGUUCAACGUGAGUCGCAAGCCAGCGGAUCCUCAUUGGUUGCGUGUACUGCGCAAGGAAGAGAAGGACCGACUAAACCUCCAAGAAUGGCAGAAGUCGUCGAAGCUGGCUGCCAAAACCCAAGAUUCCGAAGGGGACGCAGGACUGAAAAUUACAGCACUACGGUGUGGCCGUUGGGAGACACUGACUGGAAAGACUACAUUUGUGCCUUAUUUCGAGGUCUCUACCGAAGGCAAGCUGACAAGGGGUGCACGAGCGCUGGUGGUACAGAUCACCGCCACGCCUUCCAAGCGCCACGAUCUAGUUAUGGAUCUAUCCUGCAUAUUGGCUCUUGCCAUAUCAUGGGGAAAAACCCGCAGUACUUUGACAAUCACGCUGAUUACUUCACCAAGAAUCUACGAGAAUGAGGUGGCCGCGGCCAAUUGUGACCUAUCUACGAUGUUCACAGCUUUACACAUGGGCUCGCCGCGAGACAAGAGGUUUCGUGAGUGCACAUUACCAGGUUCCCAAUCUGGCGUUGUCGGCAGCUGCUUGACAUACAGCAUGGUCGUAUCAACAGGAUCUGUCAACCUACAACACCGCCUAAAGGCAAUGACUUAUCGCCGCUUUCCUAUCACGACACUGCCCACCAUGGCCGCUCCUCCACCAUCGCCGACCCUUGCAGGGCAAUUGUCCAGGUUGAACGCGCAUGUUGCGGCGUUGAGGUUUUCCUUUGCCUGGAGAUUUCAGGUACAUGCAUUGUGGGCCAACGGUGUCCUGUCUCCAACGGAAGUCCAGUAUCUUCUACCAACCAUGAUUAGCUUGCUCGAACGGUCAGGCGAAUCGGCACUCAUUGCGGUCUUGCGACGACUCAAUUUGCAACUAUCUCAUAAUGAUGCUACCACCGAUCCUCAACAGGGUGCUGUGACUUACGCGCGGGAAAGUCUCGAACAAGGUUCGAAUCUUUUGCUCGAAUGUGACAGCUCGCACACCUCCCCAAUUGACAUGGUCUCGAUUCACCGCGUCACCGUAACCCCAACUGGCAUUUAUCUCAAUGGUCCCGAACUCACCGCCUCGAACCGUGUCUUGAGACAGUACCGUGCACAUUCUGAUUGCUUUCUGCGGGUUCUUUUUUCCGAGGAAGACGCAACGCGGAUAGAAUUCGACAGGGAUACUUCCAACGAGCGAGUCCUUCAGGGUCGUUUCCUAACAAUACUCCGUACUGGUUUGAACAUUGCCGGCGAGCACUUUGACUUCCUUGGGUUUUCUCACUCGUCCUUGAGGUCACAAACAUGUUGGUUCAUGCGACCUUUUGUUCACGAUGGCUCAUUGUUAUCUGCGAAGGGCCUCAUCAGCAAGCUUGGCAACUUCAGCGCGAUCAGAUGUCCAGCCAAAUGUGCAGCUCGAAUUGGUCAGGCUUUCUCAGAGACCACAUCUGCUGUGCGAGUUGAGCCUAGCAUUGUCCAGAUAUACCCUGACGUCAAGGUCGGACGAUACUUGUUCACCGAUGGUUGUGGCACGAUUUCAAGGUCGACCUGGAAACGUCUCCGAGGAAACGUGCGCGCACAGGACCAGCCUACCUCCUACCAGAUUCGCUACAAAGGAGCCAAAGGAAUGCUUACCGUCGACACCCGCCUUCAAGGGGACCAAAUCCGGCUACGAGAGUCAAUGGUCAAGUUCAACGGUAGCCCAUCCGACGAGAUCGAAAUCUGUGGUUCAAAUAUGCGGCCGCUCCCUUUCAAGCUGAAUCGCCAGAUUAUCAAAAUACUGGAGGACCUUGGGGUGCCUGACUCGACGUUCGAAGGACUUCAAGAACAGGCUGUACAGCGGCUACGUCUCAGCGCCCUCUCGAAAUCUGUCGCUGUGAAUUUCAUCAACGAACACCUCUCCGAUGGCAGCAGCGGCUUGCCCACGCUUCUCAAAUACCUAGAUCACAUCGGUGUUGAUGCUACGGAGGACAGUUUUUUGAGAGAAAUACUCGGAGCAUUACUACAGGUCCAACUGCGAGAGAUCAAAUAUCGAAGUCGCAUCCUAGUUCCGGAAGCUCUCACACUUUACGGGAUCAGCGACGAGACUGAUUGGCUGGAGGAAGGUGAGGUCUUUGUCACCUUUUUUGAUAAAAAGACUGGAGCCCAUUCCUGCCUGAGCGGACGGGUGGCCAUUACUCGAUCUCCUGCUCUGCAUCCCGGAGAUGUGCAGCUUGUCCAGGCCGUAGCACCGCCGGAGAGUUCUCCUCUCUGGGACCUUCACAAUUCCGUCGUCUUUAGCCAGAAGGGUACUCGCGACAUGCCCAGCAUGCUGAGCGGCGGCGACCUGGAUGGCGAUCUCUACAACGUCAUCUACGAUGAUGAACUCUUGCCCAAGAGAACUGUAGCUCCUGCAGCAUAUCUGCCAGCAGUGCCCAUGGAUAUCGGCCGCUCAGUCACUGCCGAUGACAUGGCAGGGUUCUUUGUGGACUUUAUGCAAAAUGACCAACUUGGCAGGAUCGCCAUCCUCCACCAAGUCUUCGCCGACCUGUACAGCACCUUUUCAAGCAAUUGUCUCCUCCUCGCGGAGUUGCACUCAGAUGCAGUGGACUUUUCCAAAAGUGGCGUCCCUGUCGACUACAAGAAGAUCCCAAGAAGCCCCGAGUACAGACCCGACUUCAUGGCUCCAAGCGCGAGUACCAAGGUUGAGAAAGGUAUUAAAAGACCUGAAGAGACAGCUUUGCCUGACGGUCGCCAUCGUUACCGCUACUACGAGUCCGACCGUAUACUGGGUCGUUUGUAUCGAGCUGUGAACGAAGAUACCUUCUUCGAGGACCUCGAGGACGAUGCUUCGUCGCUCUUCAGCAAGGCGGCUACCAAUGUGCUGGGAGACAUCCGCGAUUGGGUGGUGACACAUAUCAGCUCCACGCGUGUUCAAGCUUUUCUCACGAGGGCGAGGGAAGUCAGAGACUAUUAUGAAUCGAGUCUGCUGGAGAUAAUGUCUCUUUACGCAGUUCGCCGGACGGAGCAACUCACUGAGAAGGAGGUGUUCAUCGGCAUGAUCUUGGGUCGUUCCGGCGCAGGAAACAAACAUCAACGAGAACAAUCAGACUAUAUGAAGUCCCAGUUCAACCAUGAACUUCGAGAAAUCAAAUCACGGAUGAGAUCUUUGACGGAGGAUGACGACGACUCUGGGUUUGUUUGCCUCGCUGCUGCUUGUCUCGAUGUGGCUGUGCGUGAGCCCAGCAAUUUCAAUGUCAAACUGAGCAGCUUCGGAUGGUUUGCCGCAGGCUUAUGUGUCCCUGAUAUCGUGCAAGAACAAGAAGGAAGCGUCUUCAGUGCAUGAGAGAUGUGUUAUCGAUCGUCCACGUCUGAUGAAUUGUGAGCAUGAAUGAAAAGAUGCGGCUAAGAAGCGGGAGUGAGACUAAUGAGUGUUUACUGCGUUAGCGAGAAGAGCCACCAGGACUUUAUCUACGCUCACUCUGAGUGUGGAAGGCGUGGAAUCAUGUCUGGCUUGCGUUCUUGCUCGUGUGGCCAAAUUUCGGUUCUAUUAGUGAUCAUGAUGGCAAUGUACGGUCGAGUCGAAGGACGACCUGAUGAAUGAUUGUUUUUGAAGCAUCACACCAUUGAACGUGAAGAAAGCCGG